AAUAAAGAAGCGUCAGUGUAGUACUCCCCCACCCCACCGCAUUCCUUAACUCGCAUCCACCGGUAAGUGGUAACCGUCCACAGUGCCACCACUCCCAUAAAAAGUAAAUAAAUAACGGAAUCAAACUCGAAUUAGAAAUUCCUAAAAUUAAUCCCAACCUAACCCACCAUGGUUACAAUUACAAAACCCCGUAAACCCAUCGUCGCAUUCUCGAUCCUCAGAUCCAUCAUCCUCCUCUCAAUGACGUCCCUAAUCUUCCUCUCCCUCCUCCUCCUCCUCCACGUCAGCCCUAAAGCCUCCGCGGACCUCCACGAAGCCUGCAACGCCACGCGCUCUCCUCUCCAAUGCCAUUCCUCCCUCUCCCCGCACCUCCCUCCGAAUCCCACCCCUCUGGAAAUCAUCCACUCCGCCAUCUCCCUCUCCAACGACCACCUCGCCAACGCCCGCUCCAACCUCCGCACCAUCUCCCUCGCCUCCUCCGCCAACCUCACCCGCUCCACCGCCGUCAAGACCUGCCUCCAGGUCCUCCGCUACUCCCACCACCGCAACGUCCUCGCCGCCCGCGCCCUCCCCACCAAACACGCCCGCGCCUGGCUCAGCGCCGCCCUCGCCUACCAGUACGGCUGCUCCUCCGGCCUUAAGUACGUCAACGCCAUCGAAACCGUCUUCGCCGCCCAAACCAUGACGCUCCUCGACUCUCUCGUCAAUAUCACCAGCAACGCCCUCAACAUGCUCGUCUCCUACCACCGCUUCGGGAACGACACCGCCGCCUGGUCCCCGCCGCUCACCGAGCGCGACGGCUUCUGGGAGCCCCCCGUGGCCGAGGGGUUCGCGCCGGGGCCCGCCGCGCCAGCCACGCUGACUCCGGACGUUACGGUGUGUAAGAGAAAGGACGAUGGGUGCUAUGAGAGCGUGCAGGAUGCGGUUAAUGCGGCACCGAAUAACUCGGAUAAGAGGUUUGUGAUAUACAUUAAGGAAGGGGUUUAUACAGAGAGGGUGAGGGUUCCGUUGAGGAAGAGGAAUGUGGUGUUCUUGGGGGAUGGCAUGGGCAAGACUGUGAUAACGGGAUCUGCUAACGUGGGCCAGCCUGGAAUCACAACCUACAACUCUGCCACCGUAGGGGUUGCUGGGGAUGGGUUUGUAGCAAAGAAUCUCACGAUCCAGAACACGGCUGGUCCUAAUGCUCACCAAGCAGUGGCCUUCAGAUCAGAUAGCGACCUUUCUGUGAUUGAGAACUGUGAAUUCAUUGGCAAUCAAGAUACUCUUUAUGCUCAUUCCCUGCGCCAAUUUUAUAAAUCUUGCCGUAUACUAGGUAAUGUGGACUUCAUCUUUGGGAACUCGGCGUCAAUCUUCCAAGACUGUGAAAUCCUAGUCCGGCCCAGGCAAGAAGAGCCACAGAAGGGAGAGAACAAUGCCGUUACCGCCCACGGCAGGACAGACCCAGCUCAGUCAACUGGAUUUGUUUUCAAUAACUGCACGAUUAACGGUACUGAGGAAUACAUGACAUUGUAUAAUAGCAAGCCUCAGGUUCACAUCAACUAUCUGGGUAGGCCUUGGAAGGAGUAUUCUAGAACAGUUUUCAUCCAUUCGUUCUUGGGAGCCCUUAUCACACCACAGGGAUGGAUGCCAUGGAGUGGGGAUUUUGCACUGAAAACACUUUAUUAUGGGGAAUUUGAGAACUCAGGACCUGGUUCUAAUCCGACUCAGAGGGUGCCAUGGAGUAACCAGGUCCCAGCUGAGCAUGUGUCCUCGUAUUCAGCGCAGAGUUUCAUUCAAGGAGAUGAUUGGAAUCGUCAUCUUAGUUAUUAGGCCAUCUUAGAGGGGGAAUAGGAGGAGUGACGAGUAAGUGGGAAAAUUUUUUGUUUCCACUUUGGAACUGCCAGUACAACGAAGAUGUCAAAACCCAGAGAGAGAAAUUCAAAUGCCAUGUUAUUUGUGCUGGUAAAUACGGAGGGUUGAUCCUACUCAUUGUAUUGGGGGUAGGCGUAGGCCAUCCAUUGAAAAGAUUAAUAUUUUUUCUGCCUGAUGGCUGUGUUAUAGAAUCAUGAACUGAUGAAGAAAAACUAGUAGAUUUUACAAAGCUUCCCAUUUGAUGUAACUAGGCAAAGAGAAUAUGGAAGGAAAACUGUUAUGGGCACAAUGGAUAUUAUAGUUUUGAGGAUAAUACCUCAUCACCCACUUUUCCAUCGUACUAUAGCUAUAUGAAAAA